GCGCGUCAGACUGAAGCUCACUUCAGCCAAGCAAUCUGAAGGUCACCGGUUCGAUCCCGGUUCACCCCAUUACGAUUUCUUUUUUGAUUUUUUUAUGCUCGUGUCAUAUUAUUCCUAUGAUCUUUUUCUCUCAUACCAUUCUGCAUAUGGACAUAACUACUGAACGUAAACUACCAGAUAGACCUGGAUGCGAUGUCAGCAACCUCGCGUGGUACUGCUCAGCCUCCUCUACUCUGGAGUAUUGUUAUUGAGGCGAAGUCAGAUCCAUCUCUUCUUUACAUAUUUACCCUUCUACACAACUGCUGAAGAAGGUCCCGUGGCUGUGUAUCCCCAACAGACCUGUUACUAUCUACCAAUUGUAACUCUACUUGAUCCUCCUAGGAAAAAGCUCACGUGUGUCUCGACUCUCGACGUCACGAUCCAGUGCUCAGCCUCAGGAAAAAAAAAGACGGGGUUUUUUUUGGGAACGCCGCGCCACAACGAAACGGAACACCGUUUGCGGCUACAGUCUACUACUGAAAAAAGAUACCUAGGUUAAGCAGGGUGGCGGACUUCCCCAGGCACCAGGGAUCGAUCUAAUUUUAUAUCCGGACGAAGCGGCGGACCAGUCAGCAGCGCUCGUAUUUUUUGCUUCAUCCGGAAUUCAAAUCG